UUUCUUAUGACUACAUAGCCGCCUGUCAAUUGUCGUUAUCUUCCAUUCGAGCCCUAGAGGAGCAAGCAAUCUUCGUCUCGUCGCCUCCUUUCCCCGUCGCCGCCGGAACUCGCCUUGAGCCCUCUCGGUCUUGGUUUAUGAGCUCGAAGGAGAAGCCAACCCUCGGUGGCACGCGGAUCAAGACCCGCAAAAGGAAUAUAACUGCUCCUUUGGACCCUUCUGCUUUUGCAGAUGCAGUGGUCCAGAUAUAUCUGGAUAAUGCUGGUGAUCUGGAACUUGUGGCCAAAAGCAUCGAAUCUUCAGAUCUUAACUUCUCGCGAUAUGGUGACACCUUUUUUGAGGUGGUCUUCACUGGAGGCCGUACCCAACCUGGCACAAUAAAGCCUGAUGAAGGAGAAAGACACCUCUAUUCUGUUCUAGAUUGUGAGCCUAAACGCGAAGCUAUCUUGCCGUUUGUUCUCUACAUCCAGAAAAUCUUGCGCCGGAGGCCCUUUCUGAUAAAGAGCCUUGAAAAUGUUAUGCGAAGAUUCUUGCAGUCUUUGGAGCUUUUUGAGGAGAAUGAGAGAAAGAAGCUUGCUAUUUUCACUGCCCUUACAUUCUCUCAGAAGCUAUCAGGGCUUCCGCCUGAGAGUGUCGUCCAGCCGCUGCUCAAGGACAAUCUUGUGGCCAAAGGGCUAGUUCUUUCAUUCAUUACAGAUUUCUUCAAGGUUUAUCUGAUUGAAAAUAAUCUAGAUGAUCUUAUAUUGCUUUUGAAACGAGCUAAAGUGGAGGAUAAUCUCCUUGAUUUCUUUCCAACUGCAAAACGCUCUACUGAAGGCUUUUCUGAGCAUUUCACCAAAGAAGGAUUAUUAUCUCUUGUUGAAUACAAUGAGAAGAAAAUGUUUGAAGUGAAACUAAAGGAAAUGAAAUCGGCAUUGACUACCCAGAUUGCAGAAGAGACUGAUAUAUCUGAAGUUAUAGAGACUGUAAAACAGCAGGUUAAAGAUGCUAAGUUGCCUGAUAUUGAGGUUGUACGCAUUUUGUGGGAUGUAUUAAUGGAUGCUGUUCAAUGGUCUGGGAAAAAUCAGCAGCAAAAUGCAAAUGCUGCUCUCCGCCAGGUGAAAACAUGGGCCAAACUUUUGAAUGCUUUUUGUACAAAUGGGAAGUUGGAACUUGAACUCGUGUACAAAGUCCAGAUCCAAUGCUACGAGGAUGCCAAGCUGAUGAAGUUAUUUCCUGAAAUAAUUAGGUCUCUUUAUGAUCUAGAUGUACUUGCCGAGGAUACCAUUCUUCACUGGUUCCGUAAAGGUGCUAACCCGAAGGGCAGGCAAACUUUUGUAAAAGCGCUGGAGCCAUUUGUUAAAUGGCUUGAGGAAGCUGAAGAGGAAGACUGAUUGAGAGAAGGCUAAAGCUGACUUCCAGAGGGGACUAGUAAUUUGUCUACUGCCAUUUAUUUCCCGUGGGUUCCAUGUGUCAAGUAAAAAAUAUUAAUGCGUAAUCCGUGUCAAAAAUCAUAAGUUGUUAUCACAAUUCUUAUGUUAUAUGCUGGUACCUGUUUCUGUUCUUGGACACGCACACGUUGUUGCUUGCAUUAGAGCAGCAGUAUCAAGUUCUAUGAGACUUUUGGUGUGAAAUGAUAAUGUUUACAGUCUGACUUUUGAGACA